CUUGCUAUAACAGAUGGACUAUUAAAUAUAAUAGAGCCUUUUCACCGUUUUGUCGGAAAAGACAUGAUGACCGACCUGAGAUACCCGAUGAAGAGCAAUACAGUGCCAUUUUGGGCUGUUCCGAUCAUUGGAAUUGUGUUACCCAUUGUUAUUAUUGUUGCAAUUUACUUCAAGAAGAGGAAUGUAUAUGAUUUGCAUCACGCUAUACUCGGCCUUCUGUUUUCUGUUCUUAUAACCGCGGUCAUAACAGACGCAAUCAAGGAUGGUGUUGGUCGUCCACGACCAGAUUUCUUUUGGCGAUGUUUCCCUGACGGGAAGGAUGAGUAUGACAAUGUCACUACCAGUGUUAUAUGUCAUGGGGAGAAGAGUGUUAUCAGGGAAGGUCACAAGAGUUUUCCCAGUGGACAUUCUUCAUGGUCUUUUGCUGGUCUAGGCUUCCUUUCAUGGUACCUAGCUGGGAAAAUCAUGGCCUUUGAUCGAAAAGGGCACGUCGCAAAACUCUGUAUUGUGUUUCUACCUCUGCUUGUUGCAUCUCUUGUCGCGGUUUCUCGAGUGGACGACUACUGGCACCAUUGGCAGGAUGUAUUUACUGGAGGUCUUCUAGGGCUUGUAGUUGCUUCAUUCUGUUAUCUGCAGUUCUUCGCAUCUCCUUUUGAUGUUGACAGUUUCUGGCCUCACGCCUAUUUUCAGCAACUUGCAGAAACUCGUAACGACAGCGAGCUCUCCGUCAUCACAAACCCCAACAAUAGGAGGCCUUCACAGUCCGAAGUCGUUUACGAUUCACCUGAACCUCACAUCGGGAUCGCCAUGAGAGACACGAGCCCGAUUCUAGACGCCAGCGAAGCCGGCAGGAGGCAAUGACUACAUGCUGCAAAUGAAGUCUACACUUGUAAACCAACACAAGCUUCCCGGAUACGAACACCGACUUUCUGCUUCUCCGUUAUCGUACUCGAUUCGCGUGGUUUCUUGCUAUGUAAUUUUUGUUAGUUUCAUUUGUAAUAUUUUUCGUAGUAGCGGUUGGUUUGCGAUAUCUGGGCCUUCGAUAGUUAUUAGGACAACAAUUGUUGUUGUUGCUGUAGUUGGUGAGAUUGUGAAGCAGAUAAAGAUUGUGGAUAUUUGUUGUGUUCAUAGUAAAAGGUUUGGGUUCUCUUUUUGUGGUUGA